CCCAAAUCCAAAGCGGACCACGGCGCCGUGGCCGCUUCACUCGAAAGUCAACUUGGAAGCUGUGCGUACCAAGAUGCAGUUCAUGCUGCUCACGUUUGUCCCAUACGACCUCCAGGGGUUUCUCACCAGCGUCGUGGCCAUCUGCAGCUACUUUCGCCUUCGAACGCGGUUCGACCUGGGCCUGAGUCUCAAAGCCAUCAACCCGUCGUCGAUCGAGUUUGACGAACCCCUCGCUAUCCUCGGCCAAGGCGCGUUCGCUGUCGUGGUCAAGGCUACGUGGUUCCCGUCGCGGCAGCUCGAGUACGGCACUGUGCUCGGCUGCUUGUUCCCUAUGACUGCCGCCAAGAGCUCGACCAGCACUGACAACCACCCUCGACGACGACCCAUGUCUCCCCAUGACAACACGAGUGUGCGCGUCGCAGUCAAAACGUUCAAGCUCGAACGCAACGGCGCCAACUCGACGCUGAAUGGGAUCCAGGAAGAAGCGUACUUGGCGUCCAAGCUCAUCCACCCCAACAUCAUGGCCACGUACGGGUGCUACACGGUAGGCUCGACGCUCUACCUUGUGUGCGAAUACCUCGGCGGCGGCACCCUCCAAGACGUGAUCGACACGGCACAGCCAUUGCCGUACGAACAAGUGCUGCUGUACGCGCUGCAAAUUGCCUCUGGCAUGGAGUUUCUCCACGGGUUGGCGGUGCCCGUGAUCCAUCGCGAUCUGAAGCCCCUCAACUGCUGCUUUGACCAAACUCACUCGACGCUCAAGCUCGUGGACUUUGGGUUCUCGAGGCUGUUCCGGGCCGACCCGAAACAAGCCGCCAGCAACACGACGCCGCGCCCGACGACGUGCACUGACAGGGAAAUGGAAUCGCGCCGCACCAACCUACCGCUGUUUAGCAGCGCCACGUCCCGGUUUUCACGCGUUCCAGAGCAACUCGGGGACUCGGGGCACACGUGCCCGUCGUUGCUGCUCACGUCGCGCGUGGGGACGGUGUGUUGGGCGGCGCCCGAAGUGCUCUCAGAGGACGAACAGACGCGGUACAGCCUCAAGGUGGACGUGUACAGCUUCGGCAUCAUAUGUUGGCAGCUGUACACUGGCAAGCAGCCCUUCAGCGACAUCCCUGGCAGCGUCUUGGCCGUGGAGGAGGCGGUGCUGCAAGGCACGCGGCCCCGAAUCCCCGACGACUGCCCCGUGCACUUUGCCAAGCUCAUGCGGCGCGCGUGGCAUGCCAAUCCGGACCGCCGCCCGUCGUUCGUGGACGUCGUGCGCGUGCUCGCGGCCGAGCUCAACCAGUUCCACAUGUUUGGCACUGUGCGCAGCGAACCCAAGAGUCCAUGCGACUGGGACUAACUAGGCUUCUAUUUAACGAGCUACUACUAUUUAUGUGUCGCAUUCGAAGCAGGUGUCGAUAUUAUUGUAUGCUAAGGCUGUGCUUUUCAUG